AUGGCAACCAGACUACAGAAACUAAUUCUGCUGCUUAUCCUGUCUCCCUCAGACCGCCCUGGCAUGCUGGACUUCAAAGGCAAAGCAAAGUGGGAUGCCUGGAAUGCACUGAAAGGAAUGUCCAAAGAAGAUGCAAUGAAAGCUUACAUAGCAAAAGUUGAAGAACUAAAGAGCAAAUAUGGCAUCUGAGGACUGGCUGUAGCAGCCAUUUGCACACCUGAAAUAUGCCUUAUUUCUAAUACUGUUGAAAACUGGUUGCGAAGAGUAAUUUUUAAUGCCUACUAUAUGAUAGUCAGUUCUCCUCAUGCCUUUAGUUUGGGAGAAGCUGUGUACUCGCCUAAUGUACUGACACGUUAUAAAUUCCUUCUGGGAACAAAAUCUGGAACUCAUUAAAGUGCAUUUGGUAUUU